AGACGUGUUUACGCGAACUGCGUCACCUUUCGUAUUUUUCUUAUUUAUAUUACGAAGUGUUUACCGUGAGAUUACGGCGCCCAGUUUCAUGAGAAACGCGCGCGAUAAGUGAUAGUCGUUAAACGUGCUCCACGGCGGACAUGGCGGGCCUGGAUACGCCUAUUCCAAGGUGCACCUGCGACGUAAGGAAUGUGGUUACCUGUUCCGCUGUCAAUCGGGAUGCGCCCAUGGGUAGAAGCGUGAGAAGUUACCGUCCCCAUGGAAGCCUCGCCAGGGUCCUGUACGACAAGCAAAAGGCGGACGAGCAGCUCGAGACGUACGACAAAACUCAGUGGUACAGAGUAAACAGUACCAAAGUUCGAGAGGAUUUGGUCCGUUUAUGGAUACCCCUCGGGACAGGUCCGCAGCGUGACCAACCUGACAAAACUGCCGAAAUCUUCCUAACGAAAUCCGCUGAGAAAUCGGACUCUAUACCGCUGCAAGCGUGGCAUUCUUUGGCGAGAUCUGCCUUGUCCUGGUUCAUCAGCCGCACGUCCAUAAAUGGGCUGCUGGGUCGUGGUUCCAUGCACGUCUUUUCUUGUGAACAGUUUCAAAAGCUGAUGGACGCCAGUGGCUUUUCAGGACCAUGGCAUUCCUUGGUGGACUUGGGAGCGGGGGACGGUGCCACCACCGCUCACGUUGCUCACCUCUUUGAAAAAGUUUAUGCUACGGACAUAUCAGCUCCGAUGAGGUGGGCUCUGACCAAAAGAAAAUUUACGGUGCUCGACGUAGAAAAGUGGUACGAAACCGGUCCGUUUAACACCAUACUAUGUCUGAAUUUAUUGGACCGAUGCGACCGACCAAACACACUCCUGAGACGUUUGAAAAAGUCCCUGGCUCCUGGUGGCAGGCUGAUCGUGGCCCUGGUCCUACCCUUCAGCCCUUACGUCGAGUGCGGCGAAAGGAGCGAUCACAAACCGUCGGAGUACCUGCCAGUGAAAGGGAACGGUUUGGAAGAUCAGAUCGCUAGCCUGGUCGACAGAGUUUUCGCACCUUUGGGCUUGAGGUGCCUCGUGUGGAGCAAGCUGCCUUACCUCUGCGAGGGCGAUCUCGGCCAGGCGUAUUACUUUCUCGACGACGUGGUUUUCGUUUUAGAGGCACAGCCCGACACCUCGCGGUACUUCGCCUCCGAGUGGACGGAUACCGCCGAGCCUUGGAACGGACAACGGGGACACGCUAAUUGGACAUGAUCGCGGGAGAGAGAAAGAGAUGUAACACAGCUUGACACGGGAAUAUGUGGAGGUGGCAGGAAACUUCUUAAUGACUGCACAAGCUGUAUGGUAUCGACUAACGCUAUAACAAAUAAAUAUGCAUUUCAGUGAUAUCGUUAACAAAGAAAGAUAAGGAAAAUACUAUAUAAUUGCGAAAAUAGUAUUAAUACUUGACAAUAGCACGCAUCGAUGCGAUAUCGUGCAAUAUGUAAUUAUUAUAAUUUGUAAAAUGACUUUACAUGAUAUAAACAUGAUAUUAAACAUUUUUUUGAAAAAUAAACUUCAUUUUUGCAAUAACGGUGUUCGA